AACGAAAGCGCUGAUUCAGCGAGUGGGGGCGGAGCUACUUCUAGGUUCUGUUUGGUGCUUGAACAGCGAAGCGUCGGAUUGAGAGCGAUUAUCUUCGUUACGGUGGCAAGUGUUACGUUUAGAUGUUAACAAACCCCCACGUAAAGAAAAAAAAAUGAGACUUAGGUCUCAGAAAACUAUUGCUGCUUGUCCAGAGACACCGAGGCGCUCCCGUCGACGGUCUAACGGAAAAAGGAGUCGAUCGCGCCUGUCCGGGUCGGAGAUUGAAAGUCCGCUUCAAAGCAAGGAUGAAGAGACUGUGAAUAAAGACUCAGAGGAUGAAGUUCCCACUAUGGUGAGGCGACCGCUGCCUCGUGGCCGGGCGAGAAAGAGGGCUAUUGCUGUGAAUGACCAAGAAUCAGAUUUGACCUUCAAGACUCCAGUCCGUCCCAUCAUGCACCACGAGCGCAUACUGUCAGAGAUCGACCCUGUGACUCCGCGUAACGCGACAACAGCUAGAAACAUCUACUCACCCAUUGUGCGUUUCCUCACACCCAGCAAAGAAAGAGGAGACCCUGAUGUUGAGCUCUCUGAAUGUGAUCGAAGACGCAGAGUACACCUUCCAUGCAGCUUUCCAGGACCAUCAGUACAAGGUAUACAUGGUGCUGCGACCACAUGUGAAGGAGUUCCUGCAGGCCAUGGCAAAAAUCUACGAGCUGUUCGUUUACACGUGUGCAAAGAAGGAAUAUGCCGAGAAGAUCCUGGACAUCCUGGACCCUCAGAGAAAGCUGUUUCGACACCGGCUGUAUCAGGACGACUGUGCCUGUGUUCUUGGCCACUACAUCAAAGAUCUCAGCAUCCUCGGGAGGGAUCUGAAGAAGACGGUGGUUCUGGAUAAUGCACCCCACACAUAUCCAUAUAAUUUGUUGAACACUAUUCCCAUCAAGAGCUGGUCUGGGGAGUCUGAUGACAGAGAGUUGCAGAAGCUCAUCCCCUACAUGGAGAAACUGUCUGCAGCUGAGGAUUUUCGGGAGGUGCUGAAGAAGAGGAAGGAUCACUUCCACAGGCUGCUGUCAGAGGGCUGACAAACCCCCCCACUUUGACUGCUUAAUGUGACUUUCACAGCCCAUGUUUGCUUUGGCGAAAAGGCAGAAGCCAGUUUGACCUAGGUAACCUGCCGACUGUUGGUUCGUGGUGGACCUGUGCGCCCUCCUCCGUCCUCCUCCAUCCUCACCCGUCCUCCCGUUGGCUUGAAAUGACAGCAGAGCGGUGUUUCAGACAUGCUGCUGGUCGCUCAACAGAUUACACAAGCAAUAAACUCAUAUCUGUGUAUAUAUAUAUAUAUUUACAGCUCAGAAUCCAAAAUAUGUUGUUUAUAGUCCUGAUUUUUUUUUAAUUUAUUGACUAUAUUGCAAAUCUACAGCUGUUAUCUGUAUAUUUUAAAAUGUUUUCUUAUGCAAUAAAAUAUCCCUGAUAAUAACUGGGGAAAAUAAAGCAUUCGUA